AUUAAAAAUAUCAACGGAAGCUUUUUGUUUUUAACUCUUAACCAAUUGUUAAUCAGCAAUCAGUUUUAAUUGUAAACCAAUAGGUUGAUUUGAUUUUUCAAAUUGUCAUGCAACCUGAUAGCUAUUAUAUGAUUGCUGUGUUUCCAGAGUCACAGUGAUUUAAAUUGCUCCGGAUUGAGAGUAGAUUACAAUCAACAAUAAAUGUUAAUUGUUGAAGGGUUUUUUUAACUUCUUUUAUUUUGGAUUUUUUUUUUCUCGUGCUUUUUAUAUAACCUGGACAAGACAUGAAGGCGAUUAUCAACUUUUUUUGUUUUAUUUUUCUUAUUACUUUGUGGUGUCCAUUUGUUUACCUUGAUUUACGAAGACCCUUUUACCCUUCACCUUCAAUUUCAACGUUGACCCGUCGAAACACAUCACAACAGUUGACCAACACAAAUACCCGGACCUCGAGUCAAAAGACUGUGAAUGAUUUUUUCAAAUCUUAUCCAAGGUACGAUGAAGUAUCAAGAUUUUUAUCUUACCUGGUUUCGACUUAUCCUAGUCUAUCAUCACUUGAGACCAUCGGCCAAUCAUUUGAAUCCCGGCCUCUUCAGAUUAUCCGAAUAGGAUCAACACCAAUAGUAUCACCAAACACCCGUAAUCCUCCUGCUAAGCCAAUCUUAUGGAUUGAUGCUGGAAUCCAUGCUCGUGAAUGGAUCGCUCCGAUUACUGCACUUUAUAUUGCCCAUCGGCUGGUCAACGAUUAUCAAACUGAUCCAGUAACAAAAAACUUAGUCGAUACCUUUGAUUGGAGGAUAUUACCAAUCGCUAAUCCUGAUGGAUACGAAUACAGUCAUACAACGGAUCGGAUGUGGAGAAAAACCCGAUCUCGAAAUUCAUCGGUACCUUCGUGUGUGGGUGUUGAUGCGAAUCGUAAUUUUAACUUUCACUGGAUGGAAUCAGGUUCAAGUUCAAACCCAUGUGCUGAAAUCUAUGCUGGAUCAAAACCUUUUUCAGAACCGGAAAGCAAAGCAAUCGCCGCUUACCUGAUGAAAUAUCAGCAAAGAGUUAAAUUAUAUCUAACCUUUCACUCUUAUGGUCAACAAUGGUUAUACCCUUGGGGCUAUGCUGCUGAUAAAACUGAUCGUGAUAAUGACUUAGAAAAGAAAGCGUUGGUCGCAGUACAGUCCAUUAGUUCAAAAUACGGAACCAAAUACGAACUCGGACCAUCAGGAAUUAAACUAUAUCCAGCAGCCGGAGGAUCAGAUGAUUGGGCUCUUGGUGUGGCUAAGAUACCUUAUUCAUAUACAGUUGAAUUAAGACCAAAUUUUGAAGAUCCACUUGGAUUUAUCCUUCCAGUUGAACAGAUUAAACCAACGGGCGAUGAAACAUGGACCGGGGUCAAGCAAUUAGCCGUUGAGAUUGCCAAAGAUUUACCUAAACCUAAACGAGCCUCAGGUCGAUCUCCUUCACCAAGAUUACGAUCACGAGGUUGAAAAUGGAUAAUCAUGAUUCUAAUUCAUUCAUUUAUAUUUUUCGCAAUGGAUUAGUUAUCAUAAAGGAUAAUCCGUUUCAAGAAAUACAUUCACAUAUUAUUUUUAGAUUUAUUUUGAACAAAUAAUAACAAAACUAAUUGUUGACAAUUACUUAAUCGUGAGAAAAGAAACAAUUUUAUCAUUAAAACAUUUUUAAAUGUUUUCCAAA